AUGGAGGCGGCGCCGCCGCGACGAAGCCCCGAGCCGCGGGAGAAGCCGCCGGUGCUGGACGGGGAGGCAGCGGGGGCGCCCGCGGGGGCGUCGGGCGCGGCCCCGGCCUCGCCGGCGGCGACGGAGCAGAUCGUGUCGGAGGGCGAGGCGGCGGCGGCGGGCACGUUCGUGCAGCGGCAGCUCGGGGCGAUGCUGCAGCCCGCCGUGAACAAGUUCUCGCUGCGCAUGUUCGGCAGCCACCGGGCCGUGGAGAUCGAGCGGCAACGGGUGAAGUCGGCGGGCGCCUGGAUUAUCCAUCCCUACAGCGACUUCAGGUUUUACUGGGACCUCAUCAUGCUGCUCCUGAUGGUGGGGAAUUUGAUCAUCCUGCCCGUGGGCAUCACCUUCUUCAAGGAUGAGAACACACCUCCCUGGAUCGUUUUCAACGUGCUUUCGGACACUUUCUUCUUGGCUGACCUGGUGCUGAACUUCCGGACAGGCAUCGUGGUGGAGGACAACACGGAGAUCAUCCUGGACCCUCACACCAUCAAAAUGAAAUACUUGAAGAGCUGGUUCCUGGUCGACUUCAUCUCCUCCAUCCCUGUUGACUACAUUUUCCUCAUUGUUGACCUGGAGACCCAGGUGGAUUCUGAUGUCUACAAGACGGCGCGGGCCCUGCGCAUCGUGCGCUUCACCAAGAUCCUCAGCCUGCUGCGCCUGCUGCGCCUCUCACGCCUCAUCCGCUACAUCCACCAGUGGGAGGAGAUCUUCCACAUGACGUAUGACCUGGCCAGCGCUGUGGUGAGGAUCUUCAACCUCAUCGGGAUGAUGCUGCUGCUGUGCCACUGGGACGGCUGCCUCCAGUUCCUGGUGCCCAUGCUGCAGGACUUCCCUGAGGACUGCUGGGUCUCCAAGAACCACAUGGUGAACGACUCGUGGGGCAAGCAGUACUCGCACGCCCUGUUCAAGGCCAUGAGCCACAUGCUGUGCAUCGGCUACGGGCAGCAGGCGCCCGAGGGCAUGACCGACGUGUGGCUCACCAUGCUCAGCAUGAUCGUGGGGGCCACCUGCUAUGCCAUGUUCAUCGGCCACGCCACCGCCCUCAUCCAGUCCCUGGACUCGUCCCGGCGCCAGUACCAGGAGAAGUACAAGCAAGUGGAGCAGUACAUGUCAUUCCACAAGCUGCCUGGGGACACGCGCCAGCGCAUCCACGAGUACUACGAGCACCGCUACCAGGGCAAGAUGUUUGACGAGGAGAACAUCCUGGGGGAGCUCAGUGAGCCACUCAAAGAGGAAAUCAUCAACUUCAACUGCCGCAACCUGGUGGCCAACAUGCCCCUGUUUGCCAACGCUGACCCCAACUUUGUGACAGCCAUGCUGACCAAGCUGCGCUUCGAGGUCUUCCAGCCUGGGGACUUCAUCAUCCGUGAGGGCACCGUGGGCAAAAAGAUGUACUUCAUCCAGCACGGCGUGGUCAGCAUCCUCACCAAGGGCAACAAGGAGACAAAGCUGUCUGAUGGCUCCUACUUUGGGGAGAUCUGCCUCCUGACGCGGGGCAGGCGCACGGCCAGCGUGAGGGCUGACACCUACUGCCGCCUGUAUUCCCUGUCCGUGGACAACUUCAACGAGGUGCUGGAGGAGUACCCCAUGAUGAGGAGAGCCUUUGAGACCGUGGCCAUGGACCGCCUGGACCGUAUAGGGAAGAAGAACUCCAUCCUGCUCCGCAAGCGAGCCGAGCACAGCUCGGGGCCCCUGAACACUGAGAUGAUCCAGCAGAUCGUGAAGCACGACCAGGACAUGGCCCACAACAUCCAGGACCUGCAGCAGAUGGCGAUGGGCCGGGAGCUGAGCGGCAAGCCGGUGAUUUGGGAGCCGCUGGUGCACGCACCCCUGCAAACAGCCGCCGCCACCACCAACGUGGCCAUCGCGCUGACCCACCAGCACAGCCUGCAGGCUCACAUCUUCCUGCCGCCCUCCUCCAUCUCCAGCCCGCUCUCUCCCGAAGCCACCCUGCUCACCAAGCCCGUGCGCCGCUCCCAGCCCAGCCUGGGGGGCUCCCGGCCCUCCUCCGUGAGCUCGCCCUCCGGGGCUCAGUCCCACCUGCAGACACCGGCCGCCGGUUCGCCUUCCUCGCCCAUGGUCCAGUCCCAGGCGCCGCUGGAGAGCGGGGGCCAGAGACACAGCUCGGGGGCGCAGCCCCUGCCCCGAACGGCGCAGAGGGGGGAGAUGCCAGCGGGGGCCAAGCAGCCCCCGGCCGGCCCCCAGCCCCAACUCUCCCGGUCCCGCGGCGCCUCGGUCUCCACCUCGCUGCUGCAGCAAGCGGCUGGCGCUGCAUCCCCCAGCUCCGAGCAGGCGCUGCCGCCGGGGAGAACGCUCCACUACAGCCUGUCCCGAGCCACCGGCUCCCACAUCUCGCUCCUGAUGCAGCCCCAGCAGCUGGUGAAGCACAGGAGCAUCCAGGGGCUGCCGGUGGGGCGGCUCACCCAGGAUGUCCGGCUCCUUUCCGCCUCCCAGCCCUCCCUUCCCAACAAAGUGGCCCAGCAAGCUGACGGGAGCUCUUUGAAGCAGGGCAGGAAAUCUGCAGGGAACCUGGCCCGCAGGUCCUCGCCCUCGGUAGCCGGACUCCUGGCCAAGCCGUGCGCGGGGAUGCCGGGCCAGCCCGCACACUCGCAGCCGAUGCCUUCGGGAUCGCUGGCUCAGCCCGGCCGCUCCGCCGCGGGAGCGUCCGCGCCCCAGUCCCCGGGCUCCGCGUCCCGGCAGGCAGCCGGUCCCUCCCGCAAGGGCUCCGUGGCCUUCAGCCCCGAGGUGGAAACGGCGAAACCCAAACUCCCAUCCAACAUGUGAGCCCUGGAGGCGGCCACGCGGGCAGGAGGGAGCCGGGCAUCCCGGCGGCAGAGGAGGCAGGAGAAGCAGAGCGCCAGCCCCGCCGUGUCGGAGGGAAAAUGAGGUGAGAGGCACCAGCCGGGGCCGUGGAGGGGCUGUUCCAGGCACGGGGACACGGCAGGGAUGGGCAUGGGGCCAGCUGGAUGAGGAGGGGGCUCUGCUGACUGCCCCAAGGGGGUCACCCUACCUGGGCUUUCCCCUCCUUUCUCAACACCAUCUUUGAGUUCUGCUCUCCUGCCGGAGGCGUAGGACAGGUCAGAGCCCUUGCCCAAACUCUGGCCUCUCUGGGGAGCUCAGCUCCCCGUAACUGCCCCUCGGGGCCUGGGCCCUCCAUGCUCUGUGUCGCGUGUCCCACAGCCUGUCCUCGGAGCCAGGCUGACGCUGGCAGCUCCUCCAGCCUGUCCUCUGUCACAGCAGGGGCUGCCUGAUGCCCACCUCGAUGCCCAGACUGCUCUGCCCAGCCCCUUUGCCUUUAGGGUGAGGAGGCAGAGGCACCCCCUGGGUCCCCCAGGUGCGGGGAGGAGGCUGGAGCCCAUGAUAGGGGCAUGGGGGUCCAGGAUCAGCACUCCCCCUUCCCAGAGUGCCAGGACCACCUGGGGGUCCUGGGCAGGGCUCUCCUGGUGUGACGAGUGCCAAGGGGCAAUGCUGAGGGGCAGAGGAGCAGCGCCCCAGUCCCUCUGCCCUGCUUGUGGGACCGUUUUGCCUCAGAGGUGCUGAGUGCCAGUGAGGUUGGGAUGUGCUGCUGGGCAGGGCUCUGCCCCACACCCGGGCACUGCAGCUGCCCCUCCACGUGCUCCCAUGGGGGCAGCCUGGGAUGGAUUCUGCUGCCUGCAGCUCCAGGAGGAUGCUCAGAGGGUCAGUCCGAGGGGAACCCUCUGUGGCCUCAGGAAGAUGCUCAGAGGGUCAGUCCAAGGGGACCCCUCUGUGGCCCCAGGGUGAUGUCCACAAGAUCAUCUGGGAUGACCCUUCUGUGGCUCCAGGAGGAUGCUCAGAGGGUCACCUGCAGGGCCCCCACUGCCUGUGGCUCAAGGAGGAUGCUCAGCCCGGGCUCUGCUCCCCUGCCCUGCGCUGCAGUCCCAUUUCCAGGUUGCCUGGAGAUGCCAGUCACUGGUGCCACAGGAGCAAAAGGCUGUCACAAAGAGAUGCCAAUCCCGGGCAGUGCCUGGGUGACGUGUGGAGCUGUGGGGUCACCCCCCAUCCAACAGGUGCCCGGGGUCCCCACAGAUGCCCCUCCCCUCCCCUCCAGAGACAGUAGUGUGCAAUGUGUGUGCGAGUCGUGGCUCUGCCAAGCAGCCGAGCUCUGCUUCCAGUGUCGCUUUGGGCCAACCGUGUUCAGUCCUGGUUAGAGUAGUGUCCCCUCCGUCCCCACCGCGCUGUGCCAGCUGCUUCCCACUCCCGGAGUCAGGAACCAUGGCUUGUCUUCGUGCUCUGGGGCUGAGCGGGGCCCGCCGGAGCUUCAGCGCAGCGGGCGAGGUCUCGUUGCCCUCGGUACUUCCCCAAGUGAGGUGUCCCGUUCUCCACCCUCGUGUUUUGGGGCGUCGGGAGCGGUCCGGAGCGCGGGGCUGCUCUGGGAGCACCAGCCCACCAGGAAUCCCGGCAGUGCCUGCCACAGGGGAUGUCCUGCACUGCCUUUUUUUUCCAUGGAUUUCAACCACCCUCCCCUGCUCACCCCCACGUCCCGCUCCAUCCCCGCGGUCCGUCGGGCGGGGAGCUGCAGCGGAGCCGCGCUGUCCCGAGUCCCCGGGCUGUGUUCACACUGCGUGAUGUAGAUGUCUUAGCGGUCAUCCCAGCGCCCCGCAGAGCGUGCGGGCCGGCUCGGACAGCGCCGAGCUCCCUCCCCACUGCACAGCCCCGUGUCGGGAGCCGGAGCCACCCUGCGCUCCUGGCACCGCCGCCGUGACACCUCGUGGCCCGGUGCCCACCCCAGGGGAGGCUGGAGGGGCUGGGGGUGCCGGCCGUGCACGGGCGCAAGUUCAGCCACCAAAGACCAUGAUCCUCCACUCUUGCACUCACGGCAGUUCGAUGUACAGAGCUUGUAGUUUUCAUAUCGCAGAGAAUUUAAGAGCGUUUUUUUAUUUUUUGGUCGUUGUACAUAAUGGAUUUAAAUAAUAAAGAGAGAUUCGGAGCUGGUCGGGGGGAAACUCCUUCUGCACCUCCUGCGACCCCACAGCACCGUGCCCGGGGAUGGGGCAGGACAGGGGGAUGCUGCAGCACCCCAGCUCCAAUCCUGGCCUUCUGCAGAGCCGGGAGUAAUUAGGAAACCCUCGGGAGCCACCGAGGGGCCUCUCCCAGACCCCACAGCCCUGGGUGGCACCGCAGGAGCCCAAAGGCAACAGGUCCCCUCCCACCCACCCCGGUCCCUUUCGGCCCUGGGCAGAUUAAUGUUUAAUCUUUGGUUAUUUUCCCCUUCCAUCUCCGUUCCCAUUAUUGCGGGGGGGAGGGGCGGGUUUGAUACCGCCUGAUUGCAGAGCAGCACUCGAGGCAUUAACGCGAUUAAAUGAAGGUCACACAGCGCAAGGUGGGCCGGGGCACCCGAGCCACGGGCACUGCGGCACUUGGAGCGGGUCUCGGGGCACAGCCGUGCUCGGGCUGCGCCCUCGUCACCUGCCACAGCCCCCAGGCAGGACACGGUGGUGGCAGGACACGGUGGCUGGCAGGACACGGUGGCUGGCAGGACUCAGGUGCCCUGCCCGGUCUCCCCAACGCAGCCCCGCGUUAACGGUGCAGCCCCUGCCCUCAGCCCCGCCUUACCGGGCCAGCCCCUGCCCGCAGCCCCCGGUCACGGGGGCAGGCCUUGCCCGCAGAACACGUUACCGGGCAGCCCCGCGUUAAGGGGCAGCCACUGCCUGCAGCCCCACCUUACCGGGGCAGCCCCGGCCCGCAGCCCCCGUUACCGGAGCAGCCCCGACCCGCAGUCCCCGUUAUCGGGCCAGCCCCUGCCCGUAGCCCUGCCUUACCGGGGCAGCCCCGGCCCGCAGCCCCCGUUACCGGGCCAGCCCCGGCCCGCAGGACGGUGCUGGAGGGCCCCCCCGCUCCCCGCAGUAAUUAGGCUCCGUGACACACGAAGAGCUCAACGCUGAUUAACGGUUUCUCUCUAAUUUGAUUAUUUCAGAUUACACGGCUGCCAGCCUGAUUAAGGGGGGCGCAGGGCAAAAAGAGAAUUUUUUGGCAAUGAAUUCCAGCAUAUUUCCUAUUCCAGCACUCUCCCAUCCAGUUUGCGUCCAUUGGCAGGGCUGGCGGCUCUGGCGGCCGAGGCACAGGGACCACCGGGUCCAGCAGAGCCCCGCUGCCCGCCCGGGGCUGAGGGCAAAGCCCCGGGACACGGAGGCUCCGCAGAGCCCCGGAGAUGCGGGCAGAGCCCCCGGCCGUCCCCGGUUCCCGCUCGCCAAGGACACCCGUCCUACAGCCGGAGGCUCUGCCCCGAGCCCCCGCAUCCCGGUGGCGGCGGGAGGGGGAUUAGAGGGCACCACGGAGAGAUUAAUUAACGCGGGUGAGCCGGGAUUAGGGGAUUCGGGGCGGGCGCCAAUCUGCGGGGCGGGGGCCCAGGCAGGAGCUGCGGGCAGCAGCGGGAAGGUGGCACCGCGUGUGCCCGGCCCGGGUCAUCCCUGCGGCGUCCCCUCGAGGGUGCAUGGGCAGCUGGAGCCCACCCGGAACCCGGGAGCUCCCGCGGGCACACGGGCGUGUGGUGCAACCCACCCUGCGCACCUGUACUGUGCCCUAUACCUGUGCAGCACCCACACCUGCAGAGCACCCCACACCCGCUCUGCACCCCAUAACUGCUCUGCACCCCGCAGCCGCUCUACACCCUAUAACUGCUCUGUACCCUAUAACAGCACUGCACCCCACACCCGCUCUGCACCCCAUAACUGCUCUGCACCCACACCUGCACAGCAUGUCAGCUGCACGGCAGACCACACCUGUGCUGCACACCACACCUGCACAGCGCUCCACACCCGCCCUGCAACCCCAUAGACCGCAAGGCCCCCCACACCCCCGUUUUGCCCCAGUUCCAGCGCACCCCUGUCCCCGUCCGGGAGCCUGUGCCCCCCAUUCCCCUCCCGGUUACCGAACACGCCUCGUCCCAAGCCACGCCCUCAAACCACGCCCUCAGGCCACGCCCUCAAUCCCCGCCACGCCCCCGCGCCACGCGGCUCUCUCUCCAUUCCCCCUCUCCACCAAUCACCGA